CUUUACCUCGCUCUUAAGGCUCUAUCCUCUCCUUCGUUUCCAUCUCUCUCUGUCUCUCUCGGGUCCUCGAAUCUUUCUUUUCGAUGCUUCGUCCCCUAAAAAGCCCAUGUUGAGGACCCAUCUAGUCAUGGAUUCUGUGCUAGUGGCACAAUUUCAACUCCCACUUCUCCUUGGUUCAGAAAAGUGCGGGUGCUGAAUGUAAUGUGGUGCUUAGACUGGUUGGUUAUUGAGCAACAUCUAUGGGUUCUUCUUCUUUUGAGGGAUUUGUGUUUGAUCCAUCGAAAUGCAAUAAAUUGAAUAUGGAGGAAAAGAGAGAACUAGUUUAUGAAUUAUCAAAGUGGUCUCAUGGUGCUCCAGAAAUGCUGCAGUCAUGGAGCCGUCAGGAUAUCUUGCAGAUCCUGUGUGCAGAGAUGGGAAAAGAAAGGAAAUACACUGGUUUGACGAAGUUGAAAAUUAUAGAAAACCUUUUGAAAGUUGUAUCUGAAAAGAAAUCACAGCAGCAUGGAAUUUUAACUGACCUUGAACCACAGCCUUCUGCAGAAAUUGGGCAAAGGACUUCCAAAAGGCAGAGAAAAACUGAUCACCCUAAUCGACAACCUGUUGCAAUAAAUAAUGCGUUAGUUAACAAUGUUAGUGGUGAUAUAGGUAACGUAAUAUACUGCAACAAUUCAGCUUGCAGAGCUAAAUUAAGUCGAGAAGAUGCAUUUUGCAAAAGGUGCUCAUGUUGCAUUUGCAAUCAAUAUGAUGACAACAAGGACCCUAGCUUGUGGUUAAUUUGCAGCUCAGAGCAUCCCUUUCAAGGAGAUUCAUGUGGCAUGUCCUGUCACCUUGAUUGUGCUUUCAGACAUGAAAGAUCAGGCAUCACAAAGGAUAGGCAGAAUAAAGGACUUGAUGGAAGUUUUUACUGUGUAUCUUGUGGGAAAGUGAAUGACUUGCUCGGAUGUUGGAGAAAACAACUCCUAGUGGCUAGGGAUACCAGGCGGGUGGAUAUAUUGUGCUAUCGUGUCUCCUUGAGCCAGAAGAUUCUUAGUAGUACCAAAAGUUACCAAAAACUAUAUGGAUUUGUGGUAGAAGCAGCGAAGAAGCUUGAAGCAGACGUGGGCCCUUUAACUGGUCUACCCUUGAAAAUAGCAAGGGGUAUUGUCAACAGGCUCUCCUCAGGCCCAGAGGUUCAGAGACUGUGUGCUUUUGCGGUGGAUUCCCUAGACUUAAUGCUUUCGAAGAGGGUCUUGAAUACAUCAUCUGAUACCAUGAUCCAAGGUUGUUUUUAUUUUAUGGCACUGGAAAAAAAUGAGCCACAUUUACGGAUUUUCUAUGAGUCUGUGAUGUAAUGGUGGCAAUCUAUAACAAGAAGGCUGAAAAACUUGUAUUAGCCAUUGUUUUGAGUCUUUACCUCGAUAUUUUUCACAUCAAAACAAGGCCUUGCAGGUUUUCUAGUCUCCUUGUUAUAAGUGUUGCCCUCAAACCAUGAGAUUUGGCAUGCUGCUCCUGGAAAAUCCAUGACACUUUCUGCUAUGAAAGCGCUCUCCUUCCCCCUUUUUCUUUACACACACACACACAUAUAUAUGUUAUGUAUGUUUGCAUGUGCCUAUGUAUUCCUCUCUUUGGUCUCGUGUACAUUUG